AUGCCAACCCAAACCGCCAAACUCCUUGGCAUCACACGCUUGCAACCUGCUCAAAUUAGUAUUGGACUUGCUAACCAUACUAUAGCCAAGCCAAGAGGAGUUGUUAUUGAUGUUCUUCUAGAGAUUGGAGAUAUCAAGAUCCCGGUGGACUUUCAUGUCAUGAACAUUCAAGGAGGAUGUGACACACCAUUGAUACUAGGCCGACCCUUUUUGGCCACUGCUGGAGCUGUCAUGGACCUUCCAAACCGGCGAAUGUCCUUAGCCAAUGUUGACAAGACAGUCUUUUACAAGACCAUACCAUUCAUCUCACCAAACAAGCUGUCUUACCUAUCACUGCCCAAGGCCGCCCAAGAGAACCACCAGACCACACUCAAGGUCACAAUGAGACAAGAACUAAAAGACUAUGUCUCAGGCCGUGCCCUUACCCCAUCUCCAACUAAGAGAUCCUAUCAGUCAAGCUAA